ACGAGGUAUUCAUAUAUGUGAUCCAGACAGGCGAUGCAUGUCCUUACGAUAUAAACCUGAUUAAGAUGAUUUCUUGCUGGCAUAAAUCGUAACAGGGCAUUAGAAACCCCUUUACAUUUGUCAGUCCGCUGGGCGGGAACGACGCUCCGUGUCAAUGCCCAGGGUGUCGCCCUCCCUCGUAAGGAGAGCUCAGAACAUCUCUCCCUACGCAGCCACACUGCUACCUGCCUGCAGAGACCUCCCUUCAGCCUUGACAGAGCUGCGAUGGAUUCGUGAACAUGUGCAGUCAACCCCUUCGUUGAUCCCCCCGAAACUCAGAUUACGCCAGCUGUGCGAGAAAAGGGGCAAGGGAAUUCCCCUCCAAUAUGUCAUGGGCACACAGCCUUUUGGGCGACUGGAUAUCAGGUGCCGUCCAGGGGUCCUGAUCCCCAGGCCAGAACCGGAGGCCUACACCACUUACCUCGCCCACCUAAUCAAGACAGGAUACUUCGCCGCACAGCUCAAGGACUGCAAAACCCAGGGCUUGCGAAUCACAGACUUCUGCUCCGGAACAGGCUGCAUCGCCCUCCUCCUCUACGCCCUCCUGCACCCCCCCACCUUCCCGUCUCUCCACGUCCGCGGCGUCGACAUCUCGCCCCGCGCCGUCGCCCUGUCGCGCGACAACGCCCGGCACAACGUCGCCCGCGGCCUCAUGCCCGGCCCCUCCUCCUCGGGUGGUCCAGACCAGACCUCCACCAUCCGGUUUGACCUCGGCGACGUCUUCUUCGACAGCGCCACCGUCGUCGAUGGCGACCGAGACCGGUGGCGGCGGCGAUGCGACGUCAUGGUCAGCAACCCGCCGUACGUCUCGGCCGCGGGCUUCGCGCGCGACACGGCGCGGUCGGUGCGGAACCACGAGCCCGCGCUGGCGCAGGUGCCUGGGCCCCGCCCUUACCCCGGGGAUGGAGAAGGGUAUCCCGAGGACGUCUUCUACGCCCGCCUGCUGGAGGUCGCGGGGGCCAUGGGCCCGCCGCCCGGGAUCAUGCUGUUCGAGGUGGGCGGGUCGGCGCAGGCGAGGCGCGUCGCGGCGAUGGCCAUGGCGGGGCGGCAUGCCUAUCUCGCUGGUUAUGUGGUGGAGAUCUGGCGUGACUGGCCGGAUGCUGUACCGGAGGCGGGGGAGGCGGGCUCGGUGACGGUUGGUGGGGAGGAGGUGGUUGUCAGGGGGAGCGGGCAUGAGAGGUCUGUUUUGAUGUAUAAGAAGGCAGAGCAUGUUAUGUGAAAGGAAAUGGUAAGAUAGAAAGAGUCGUGUAUAUGUUUGUAUUGUUGUACAUGUACAAUCU